UUUCUUUUUUUCUAAAAUUUGUUUUUACUUUUCUUUCAUGCUCUGGGUUUUGGCCUUUUCCAGAUUUUACUCGUAUUUCUCAAAGUUUAUGUACAUUCAUUUAUUCAACCUUAUCCGCUCCAUUGAAUCAUUUAUCAUCCGAGUUCCAGUUGAUUUCUUCAAAUUUGUGUUGGGUGUAUUAACUCCAUUGGAAUUGUUGUUUAUGUCUUUUGAAUUUUCUAGUUUUGAGGUUCCAAGAGACAGCUGGGCUGCUUAUUGUUUCAGUUUGUUUUGUAAAAUGGAGAAUCCUAUUGAUUUUUUGAAUUGUCUUCAUCUCGAUAUGUCAAUGAAGAUUCUCAUGUGUUUGGAUGAUCUAUCUGAUCUUGUUCGUGUUAGCUGUGUUUCACGUUCUUGGCGACAUCAUGUGAUUGCUAAUGGUCUCUGUAAGCAGCUGUGCUUGAGAAUGUUUCCGCAGUUAUCUAAAGUUGAUCGUGUAGUUGAACCAAGCUACAGUUUGAAAGAGCUUGCUGAAGGUGCAUCUGAAAAUUUUGUGGAAGGGCAGAGUUUAGAGAGUGAGAAUAGAGUUUAUACCUUUUUAGCUCGAGGCUGUACAUCGUAUCCUGUAAGGGGAUUGAUUUUUGAGCCAAUCUAUGCUUCCAGCACUGAUAAUUAUCCAGAGGAAAGCAUUCACAAUACUCUGGAAUCUAGGGAUAGGGUUCGUAGGACAGCUUCAUACUGGUCAAGCAAAGGCCAUAGCAAUCCUGUGGUGCCUGAGACACUGAUAUAUAAAUUGGUUGGUGAUCUGUGUGUUAUUUCUGAAAUCAACAUACAACCUUUCCAAGCUUAUUUUCAGUGGAAUCAACCCAUAUACUCAGCCAGAGCUGUGAGAUUCCGAAUGGGUCAUGCCAAGUCUCCAAUAGAUGAUCCAAUGGGUGAGUCGAUCAAUGAUUAUGCUGAUGAUAAAUUUGAAUGGACUUAUACUUCACAGGAGUUCCCAAUGGCUCAGGAGAAUAGGUUGCAAAAUUUCAAGCUUCCAGAGCCGGUUAUGUGCAUUGGUGGGAUUUUGAAGAUUGAGCUUCUGGGUAGGGUUCAGCGACAAGAAAUAGAUGGCUUGUACUAUAUUUGUGUGUCUCAUGUUCAAAUUCUGGGACGCUCAUUGUCACCUGCCUUUGGGGUUGAUAUCCUUGAACCCUCGGGAAAAUUUCUGUUGAAGGUUAACAGUUAUGCCCGACCCAGUGAGUGUGAAGAUUUGUGUGAAAACCAUAGUGUAAAUUUGCGCAGUCGGGUAAGAGGUUUGGGACUGAUUAUAAGCAUAUUGCGGGGCCCACGCUUUUGAUGCACCGGGAAAUGAGUUUGCUCUGUAAUGGCUGUUAUAUAUAAAUUAAUAAGAUCUUUUGUUUUGGUCCCAACUUUCGUACUGAAUAAGAUUUCCUCUGGAUUCUGGAGAGUGAAGAGACAUUUACCAAGCCUCUCUAAAUGAGGGUGGUGAGGCAGAAAUGUAUGUCUUUUUGGUUGUUUGUAUCUCCUUUACCUUUCAAUUUGGAGGUGUACUGGUAAUAUCACCAUUGUCAAUUAAAAGUUUCCAAUUGUGGUGGUAGCCGGUAUAAAUGACAUCUAUGGAUGCAGCAAACUGUGAAUAAAUAAGAUGGGUAUAAAUAAACUGAUUUAUCAUUA